AUGGAGUUGAUAAGGAGUAAGCAUGACUUCAGUGACCAUGUUUGGGCUUUCGAAGAAACUGCAGAGGUUUCUCUGGAUCUGGAUGAUGAAGCAGCUGUGAAUGCUGGAGCAGCAGAGAGUGAUGAAGACUUUCACACUCCAAAUGGAUCAACUAGUGUAGGCGUUUCAUCAAAAAAGAGUAAGAAGAGGCUCCCAGAUCAUGGUAUGGAAAAAAGGAAACAUAAGGUUCUAUCUACUGAACCUAAGCAACCAGUUCUUAAUGAUGACAUGAAGGCUUGGGUGAAAGAGUUAUUUGAGCAGAAUUUCAAUGCAAUGGAACUUAGGCUACAGAAACAGAUGGAUGAGAAAUUUGAGACACUGCAGUCCGAGCUGAAAGGAUCGCGCAAGGAUGAUAGAGUUGAGCUCAAAGAUUUCGGGAACGAUGGACAGCCUACACCGACGAAUCCAUCGACGAGCCAGCCAGAGUUGAGGAGGUCCACUCGCUGGGAAGCGUCUCAUAGUCCAGCCGAUGGGAAUUUCAGUGAAGCAGAUGAUAUCUUCCGAGAGAUGGGUACGCAAGGCGUUGAAAGGCUGUCUCAGCCCUCGUAUGUGCAGGGUUUUGAUCCAUCUCAGCCCUCUAAAGAAGAUGACUGGUGGACUUGGAUGACUUCAGUCAGAGGUUCAAAAGCUAAACAAAGCAAAGGUAAUUUAGCUCCACCUCCGUCGCAAUGGAAGAAAUGGAAAGGCAAAGGCAGUACACCCCAGCUUCUCGAUAACCCAUUGCCCGACGGUUCUCCGCAGUCGUCACUUUGUUAUUUGUCCGAAGAAUCAUGGAUAGGAUUCAUGGAAUGGUGUAUGAACCCAAUAGCUGUAAAGAUUGGUCCUUCAUUCUUCAAUUUGGCUGUAGCUACAAGGAUAAUAUGUUCUCCAGAAUGGCUUGGCAAUGAGGAAAUGGAUUCAAUUAUAUUUAUAUGGCGAGUGAACACAUCUUUCAAGUGUUGGACCCCAACCCGUGUUGCUUUCAUGCCCUCCAUCUUCUGCCUCCAAAUGGACACUGAAUUCAACAAAGGAGAGCUUCCAGCUCAUGGGCGGACUGAUCAAGUCUGGGGUGUCGAUUAUAAAUCCAACGCAGGUAAUCACUGGAUUGCUGUCUGCGUCAACAUCAUUGAGAGAAAAGUGGAAGUCUUUGAUUGCAAUAGAGGAAGGAAUAGGCAAUACGUUGAGAAGUUUACGGCUUUGAUUCCGCGGAUAGUGAAGGCCGUUGCACCAUCCGAAAGCAAGAAGCAGCUACUCAUGUACCGAUGA